AUGACCUCCUCGCAACCCCAGGUCUCCGACCUCCGCCUCGACGCCGUGCUGCGCACCUCUGCCGAAUCCCGCGAACAGGCGGAUGCUCUCGUCGCCCUCCUGUCCACUGCCGAUGAAGCCGGCGCCCGUCUCCCUGCCGACCUCGAGGCCACCCUGUCUAAGCAGCAGAAGCUUCUGUUCACCAACAUAGCCCACCUCCGAGGCCUCCACCGCGCCGCCCACUUCUCUGCCCGCGAGACGAAGGCGACUACCGCCGAGGACCGUCAGGCCGUCGACACCCUGCACCUCCAGCUACAGAACCUUUACUACGAGCAGCGCCACCUACAGGGCGAGAUCGCUGCCUGCGACGAGUACGACCACUCGCAUCUGCGCCUGCCGCUCAUUCCUGUCGAGGACUUUCUCGAUCAGCAUCCCGACCAGGCGACCGACGACGAGAACGCGCUCAUGACGGCGCGCAUCGCUCACGAACGCGCUCAGCGUGAGACCCUCGAGCAACAGAGACAGGAGCUCCUGAAGCGCAAGCAAAAGCUCAUCUCCGAGAACAAGAAGCGCAAGGAUGACCUGGCGAAUCUCGACAAGGACCUGGAGAAAUUUAUUGAUGCCGCGAAGCCGAUUCAGGUACUUUUCGAGAAGGUGGUGUGA